CUCUCGCUCCCUCUUUCUCUGUUUCCCUUUCAUUCUGCUUCCCCGGAGCCGAAUGAAGCAGGGAGCAGGAUUAGAGUCUGCCACCGGCUAUCAGAAGAGCCUAGAUAAAAGGAACUGCUUCUUAAGAACCACUGCAGCAGCCCUUGUUAAUUUUCUUCUUCUUUUUUUUUUUUUUUCUUUGCACACAACAGUUGUGCCUCAUUAUCCGGUGCCUGGCUCGAUUUUUUUUUUUUUUUUUUGAGGGUUUGAAGUUUCUGUGCUUCAGUGACUGUUACAGAAGAAGAGGUGUUAGUGUUGCCGUGAGGUCUUGAUUGUCUGCAUUUAUGAAUGAAACUGACCUAAAUCACCUGUUACCUCCAGUUUCCAGAUUGUUUGAACUUCUCUGGCCGCAUAAUACAGGAGGGAAGAUUGAAGCAGCAUAGGGACCUACAGCGUCUGCAGCAUGGGCUGGUUCGCUAGGAUUGUCUGUCUUUUCUGGGGAGUAUUACUUGCAGCGGGAGCAAACUAUCAACACGGGAAGAACAAUGUGCCAAGGCUGAAAUUAUCCUACAAAGAAAUGUUGGAAUCCAAUAAUGUGAUCACUUUCAGUGGUUUGGCUAACAGCUCCAGUUAUCAUACCUUCCUUUUGGAUGAGGAACGGAGUAGGCUAUACGUCGGAGCAAAGGAUCACAUAUUUUCAUUCAAUCUGGUUAAUAUCAAAGACUUUCAAAAGAUUGUAUGGCCAGUGUCUUACACCAGAAGAGAUGAAUGCAAGUGGGCUGGAAAAGAUAUCCUUAAAGAAUGUGCUAAUUUCAUCAAGGUGCUUAAAGCUUAUAAUCAGACCCACUUGUACGCCUGUGGAACAGGGGCUUUUCAUCCAAUUUGCACCUACAUUGAAAUUGGACAUCAUCCUGAGGACAACAUUUUCAAGCUGGAAGACUCACAUUUUGAAAAUGGCCGUGGGAAGAGUCCAUAUGAUCCUAAACUGCAGACAGCAUCUCUUUUAAUAGAUGGAGAAUUAUAUUCUGGAACAGCAGCUGAUUUUAUGGGGCGAGACUUUGCCAUCUUCCGAACUCUUGGGCACCACCACCCAAUCAGAACUGAACAGCAUGAUUCCAGGUGGCUCAAUGAUCCAAGGUUUAUUAGUGCACACCUUAUCCCAGAGAGUGACAACCCUGAAGAUGACAAAGUAUAUUUCUUCUUCCGUGAAAAUGCUAUAGAUGGAGAACACACUGGAAAGGCCACUCAUGCUCGAAUAGGUCAGAUAUGCAAGAAUGACUUUGGUGGACAUAGAAGUCUGGUGAAUAAAUGGACAACAUUCCUCAAAGCUCGUUUGAUUUGCUCAGUACCAGGUCCAAAUGGUAUCGACACUCAUUUUGAUGAGUUGCAGGAUGUAUUUUUAAUGAAUUCUAAAGAUCCAAAAAAUCCCAUUGUUUAUGGAGUGUUUACAACUUCCAGUAACAUCUUUAAGGGCUCAGCUGUGUGUAUGUAUAGCAUGAGUGAUGUGAGACGGGUGUUUCUUGGCCCAUAUGCCCACAGGGAUGGUCCCAAUUAUCAGUGGGUACCUUAUCAAGGAAGAGUUCCCUACCCACGACCUGGAACAUGUCCCAGUAAAACAUUUGGUGGAUUUGAUUCUACGAAGGAUCUUCCUGAUGAUGUUAUAACAUUCGCAAGAAGUCACCCUGCCAUGUACAAUCCUGUAUAUCCUAUUAAUAACCGCCCAAUAAUGAUCAAAACAGAUGUAAAUUAUCAAUUUACACAAAUUGUUGUUGAUCGAGUGGAUGCGGAAGAUGGCCAAUAUGAUGUUAUGUUUAUUGGAACAGAUGUUGGAACUGUUCUAAAAGUAGUUUCAAUUCCUAAGGAGACUUGGCAUGAUUUGGAAGAAGUUCUGCUAGAAGAAAUGACAGUUUUUCGGGAACCAACUGCUAUUUCAGCAAUGGAGCUUUCCACUAAGCAGCAACAACUAUAUAUCGGUUCCUCUGCGGGAGUGGCCCAGCUCCCUUUACAUCGAUGUGAUGUGUAUGGGAAAGCCUGUGCAGAGUGCUGCCUUGCCAGAGAUCCUUACUGUGCCUGGGAUGGGUCUUCAUGUUCCCGCUACUUUCCUACUGCAAAGAGACGUACAAGAAGACAAGAUAUAAGAAAUGGUGACCCACUGACUCACUGUUCAGACUUACAACACCAUGAUAAUCACCAUGGCCACAGCCUUGAAGAAAGAAUCAUCUAUGGAGUAGAAAAUAGUAGCACAUUCCUGGAAUGCAGUCCAAAAUCACAGCGAGCCCUGGUGUAUUGGCAAUUCCAGAGGCGAAAUGAAGAGCGAAAAGAAGAGAUCAGAGUGGAUGACCAUAUUAUCAGGACAGAACAAGGACUUCUGCUUCGCAGUCUGCAGCAGAAGAAUUCAGGCAAUUACCUCUGUCAUGCUGUGGAACACGGAUUCAUGCAAACUCUUCUUAAAGUGACCCUAGAAGUCAUUGACACGGAGCAUUUGGAAGAACUUCUUCAUAAAGAUGAUGAUGGAGAUGGCUCUAAAACCAAAGAAUUAUCCAACAGCAUGACCCCUAGCCAGAAGGUCUGGUACAGAGACUUCAUGCAGCUUAUCAACCAUCCCAACCUAAACACUAUGGAUGAGUUCUGUGAACAAGUGUGGAAAAGGGACCGAAAACAACGUCGGCAAAGGCCAGGACAUGCCCAAGGGAACAGUAACAAAUGGAAGCACUUACAAGAAAACAAGAAAGGUAGAAACAGGAGGACCCACGAAUUUGAGAGGGCACCCAGGAGUGUCUGAGCUGCUUUACCUCUAGAAACCUCAAACAAGCAGAAACUUGCCUAGACAAUAACUGGAAAAAAUGCAAUAUACAUGAAUCUUUUUCAUGGCAUUAUGUGGAUGUUUACAAUGGUGGGUAAUGCAACUGAGUUCCACCAAUUAUAAAUUGAGUCCAUGAGUAACUAAUCUACCAGGCUUUUCUUCCUAAUACCAACACCUAAUAGAGGUCAGGUGAACUCAGAUGUUCGCUUUAGCAGACUUAAUUUUUCCUAUGAGAUUUCAUUGUACAGGUUUCACUUUUGUUUUUGCCUGAGAAAUAAAAAUGUCAUUUACCAUAUUGCCAUCAAAAGAAGAAACACUGCAUCAGCAAGGCCAUUUCAUUGAACUAAAAGAUUAAAAUAAACUGCAUGGAUUUACUAAGCUGAUGAAUAUUCCAAAAGGUUGUUGGAUUCAAGGAUAUUAUUUGUCUACCGGCACUCAUGUUUAUAUGUACUGGAGGAGUAAAAUGAUACUGACUGAAAUGGUCUGUGGAAAUAUAAAAAAACAUAAACCAUCCAUCAUCCAGAAGAAAAAUGGAAUACACUGAUCUACUACUGAUGUCUUCUUUCAGCUUUGAUCUAAAUAUGUAUUUUAUUAAAACUAUAAUUUAAAUGUACCAUGACAAAUAUGCAGUAAAAUAUUAGCUCUUUUCUAAGCUAGAAUAGGUUUUUUUGUCUUACAACUAUCGUGCUAUGUAGUUCUUGUUUUAAAGUUUCCAGUUGUGUGCUGCUUUUUCCCCCAACAUUUUGUUUUCAGUUCUACAUGAGGGACAGCCAAAAUUGUUUUAGAGAUAUAUCAACAUCAGUAACAGCUAAUUCCUAAAACAUGAAUUUAAAUUAUUCCUUAUUUCUGAGGAAUUCAAACAAGUAACAUAUCCCCUUACUUAAGUAUUAUCUAAAUUAAUUUUAACCCACGUAUUAUUUAGACAAAAACAGAGCAUUUGACUGGAAUAAAAGGGAAAAAAACAAAGCUGAUUUGAUAAAUGAGUUUUUUGGUUACUAAUGGAUCAAUGAAGAGAACAAAAUGGACAUUUAAUGGAAAUAAUAAGCAUUGUCUUUAAGAAAUAGUGUUAAUAGAAAUGUCUCAGUUCUGUGCUUUGAUCCCUGCAUAGUUGAGACAUAAAAACUCUCUCAUGAUUCCAUUGGAAUCACAUCUGCUUCACUUAAUUUUUUCAAAGACAGAUCAAUAAUAUACAAAGCAUCUGAAAAAGUUGCCAACUCCAUAUCAUUUUACUUUUAUCCUACUUUUUAAAGCAAUUAUCUGUCUUAUCAAAGAAUACAUGACUCUUCUUUAUGAGAGAACACAUGACUCUUCUUAUGUCAUCAAAAAUGACUUUUAUGCUAUUUCCCAGGAAACAACUCACAUUCAGAACAUAUAAACCUUUUGUUUUUCUGGCAGCAAUUUUAAGAAGUAAGGUCAAAGGUCAUUAGUUGAGGGUUUGCCUCUGCUGUCCUAAGAUGAUUCUUUGAGAAUCAUUGACUCCAAGAUUCCAGGAUGUAUAAAAUCUUUAACAUCACAAUAAUUUCUCUUGCACUGCACUCACCUUUCCAAAAAUCCCUUCCUAGGUUCUUCAUUAUGCACAAAAGUACUAAGUAACAUCUAUUGCUAAUUAAUAAAACAGCACUGAAUUUCUAUCGCUAGCUAUCUUGAGAUUCUAAUUAACUCAGAAUUAAGCAUUAUUUUCUCACCUCAGACUACAGUGAAUUAAAAAAUACUUGAUCAGCUGAAAUAUUUCACAGAUGGAAGCUCAUGUUUCAGUUCUAAUGAUUAUUUUUGAAUAAACAAUUUGUUGACAUUACAAAUUGUUACAAAUGAAAGCCUAAAAUAUAUUACAUUUAAUUUUAGGCUCCAUUGAUUGGUGUGGUGUUACUUUUUGAAGCACAUUCUUAAAUGGUAGCUUAAAUGUUAAACUAUUUGAAGGGCACACUCCUGUAGAGAAAAAAUAAAUUGUUUGACAUAUGAAUCAAAGAACAGAGUGCUCCAAAAAAUAAGUCUUUCUUUUAUUUUCAUAGAAUAUAUUAACUACUAAAAUUCAGUGUUGCAUUUCAUUCUAAAAUUGCAUUUGAAAUAUAUUUGUGAUAAUGGAAUUAUUGUAUUUCUUCUUACUGAUCCUGAAAAUAAAAUAUUUAAAGGCAUAGAGAUUGUAUAACUUCAAGACUGCCUUUUAAUAUUGGAAUGCAUUUUAUUUGACAUUAUGAAAUACCAAUAGAGAGUCUAGACUUUAAGAGAAAGGUAAAGAAAUGAUCUAGUAGCAUGUUUUUAUAAAUGAUCAGGUCUAUAUUUUCAAAAAUAAUGAUUGAUAUGACUUGCAGGUAAUAAGUUAUUACAGUCAUAAACUUCUGCCAAUAUGGUUUGAAAGGGGAGAGGUUGCACGAAAAAUAAUUAACAUCCCAUUUUAUUUAGUUCCAAUAGACUAUGGCAUAUGCAUGUAUCAUCAGAGUUGAAACUUUGUUAUGAGACUCAUGUGACCAUAAGCAAAUUAUGACAGCAAUCUUAAGGUAGGAAUAAAGGUAUAUGGCAGCAGAGAAAUUCUGGCCUAGUGAAAUCAAAUGUAAAAUGUAAAUGCAUGUAAAUGCACACUUAAUGCUACUUUUUAUGUAUUAUUUGGUGAUUUUUUCAAUGGUAUGUGUUUAAUAUUUUUGCUACCUACACAUUAAUCAAAGAGAUGUAAAUAAUUUUGAAAAGAAGUGGAAGAACAGUGUAAAAUGCAAUUUUUAUAGGUACUCCAUUUCAGUAUGAUCAAUAUCAUCUUAAAAUGCAAAAUUUUUCUACACAGGUGACAAGGUGGUUUAUGUGCUAUUUUAGGGCAGAAGGUGUUUGUCAAUUCAAAGAGCAUGGGGUUUUUUUGACCAGGUAAUAAGUAUGUCCCAUAUCUGUAUUUAUUCAUUGCAUUUCAGAUGGGAACUAAAGAACUGGAGAAAAAAAUGUAAUGAAACUGCUGCUGUAAAUUAUUCAUUCUAGCAUGUAUUCAGUUGCUAAAUACACCUUUCUUUAAAAUAUUUGAAUUCAGAUGUCUUUACUGUUCCCUGUAGCACAUGAUCCCAAGGAACAUAUCUUUAGAAACUGGUGGGAAACAGAGGCAGAUUGCUAGAUAAUCAGCUAACAGAUUUCUUCAUUGUAGUUAUAUGUAAACUGGGUUCUAUAUUUAUGGUGAUAGUAUGAAAUUAUAGCCCUUUAAGUUAAAUACUCUCUUUAUGUUAUACCUAAGAAAAUUAAUAAGGGGAUAAAAUUCUAUAUUAUGUCAUUGUCAUAAUCAGUUUGAGUCUAUUCAGGAUAUCUAAAUAUUUUCAGUGGUUGUUACUGAAAUUGCAAUAUUGGUUAUAAGCAAGCUAUUGACUAAUAUAGAGACAUGAAUUAACAUUUUGAAAUUGUUGUUUUAUGAAUUCAUUUUUAAAUAUGGCUGCAUUUACUUUAUUGGAAAUCUUAAAAUUCUGUGGCUUCAGACACAUUUAGCAAGUAGGAUUCAAUGUCACGUUUUUCUGUAAUAAUGUAUUAGGUAUAAACUGACCUAAGGCCAAAGACAUCCAUGCUUUUUAUUUGUUUGUAAUAAUUACUUAUAGUCAAUGUUAAUGUCUGAAAAAUGCAUGUUUCCAUAAAAAUAUCAUU